CAGGAAGAAGCAGUUGCCAAGUUGAUGCCAUCGUGCAGUGUGUUUGCUUGAGACAGAAGCUUUUGCAUCUGCUGGAACAAUUGGAGAAAGAAAUAUGAAGCCUUAGCAGCAUCACCCAGGAAGCAAGCUCUGAGAUGGCUGCUCAGAGAAUCCGAGCUGCCAACUCCAACGGCCUUCCUCGGUGCAAGUCAGAGGGGACCCUGAUUGACCUGACUGAAGGGUUUUCUGAGUCAAGCUUUAAUGACGUUAAAGUGCCUUCUCCCAGUGCCUUGCUAGCAGACAACCCCACACCUUUUGGAAACGCAAAGGAAGUGAUCGCAAUCAAGGACUAUUGCCCCACUAACUUCACCACCCUGAAGUUCUCCAAGGGUGACCACCUCUAUGUCUUGGACACGUCAGGCGGUGAGUGGUGGUAUGCACACAACACCACUGAAAUGGGCUACAUCCCUUCCUCCUAUGUGCAGCCCUUGAACUACCGGAACUCAACACUGAGCGACAGCGGCAUGAUUGACAAUCUUCCAGACAGCCCAGACGAAGUAGCCAAGGAGUUGGAUCUGCUGGGAGGGUGGGUGGAUGACAAGAAGGGAUUGGGCAGAACGUACAGUAAUAACCCUUUCUGGAAUGGGGUCCAAACCAACCCAUUUCUGAAUGGGAACAUGCCGGUGAUGCCCUGCUUGGAUGAGCUGAAUCCCAAAAGUACUGUGGAUUUGCUGCUUUUUGAUACGGGCACAUCGUCCUUUACUGAAUCCAGCUCUGCCACCACAAAUAGCACCGGCAACAUCUUUGAUGAGCUCCCAGUCACAAACGGACUCUACACAGAGCAGCCGGUCAAGCGGGACAACCCCUUCUUCAGAAGCAAGCGCUCCUACAGUCUGUCGGAGCUCUCCGUCCUCCAAGCCAAGUCCGAGGCUCCCGCAUCGUCAAGUUUUUUCACGGGCUUGAAAUCACCUGCCCCUGAGCAAUUUCAGAGCCGGGAGGAUUUUCGAACCGCCUGGCUAAACCACCGGAAGCUGGCUCGGUCUUGCCACGACCUGGACUUGCUUGGCCAAAGCCCCGGUUGGGGCCAGACCCAAGCCGUGGAGACAAACAUCGUGUGUAAACUGGAUAGCUCUGGGGGUGCCGUGCAGCUUCCAGAUACCAGCAUCAGCAUCCACGUUCCCGAGGGCCACGUUGCCCAUGGGGAGACGCAGCAGAUCUCCAUGAAAGCCCUGCUGGAUCCUCCGCUGGAGCUCAACAGCGACAAGUCCUGCAGCAUCAGUCCCAUACUGGAAGUUAAACUGAGCAACCUGGAGGUGAAAACCUUCAUCAUCUUGGAGAUGAAAGUUUCAGCCGAGGUGAAAAAUGACCUUUUUAGCAAAAGCACAGUGGGCCUCCAGUGCCUGCGCAGUGACUCCAAGGAAGGGCCGUAUGUAUCCAUCCCACUCACCUACAGUUAUGGGGACACCAUCCAGGUACAGCUGCACAACCUGGAGCCCUGCAUGUACCUGGCUAUUGUUGCCCAUGGCCCAAGCAUCCUCUACCCUUCCACCGUAUGGGACUUCAUCCAUAAAAAAGUCACAGUGGGUCUCUACGGCCCCAAACACAUCCACCCAUCCUUCAAGACAGUGGUGACCAUUUUUGGGCAUGACUGUGCCCCAAAGACGCUCCUGGUCAGCGAGGUCACUCGCCAGGCCUCCAGCCCUGCCCCAGUGGCCUUGCAGCUGUGGGGUAAGCACCAGUUCGUUUUGUCCAGGCCCCAGGAUCUCAAAGUCUGCAUGUUUUCCAACAUGACAAAUUACGAGGUCAAAGCCAGCGAGCAGGCCAAGGUUGUGCGAGGCUUCCAGCUGAAACUGGGCAAGGUGAGCCGCCUGAUCUUCCCCAUCACCUCCCACAACCCCAACGAGCUCUCCGACUUCACGCUGCGGGUGCAGCUGAAGGACGACCAGGACGCCAUCCUGACCCAGUUCUGCGUCCAGACUCCCCAGCCACCCCCUAAAAGUGCCAUCAAGCCGUCUGGGCAGAGGAGGUUUCUCAAGAAGAAUGAAGUUGGGAAAAUCAUCCUGUCCCCGUUUGCCGCCACCACCAAGUACCCGACUUUUCAGGACCGCCCGGUGUCCAGCCUCAAGUUUGGUAAGUUGCUGAAGACGGUGGUGAGGCAGAACAAGAACCACUAUCUGCUGGAGUAUAAGAAGGGCGACGGGAUUGCCCUGCUCAGCGAGGAGCGGAUCCGGCUUAAGGGGCAGUUGUGGACCAAGGAGUGGUACAUCGGCUACUACCAGGGCAGGAUCGGCCUGGUGCAUGCCAAGAACGUGCUUGUGGUUGGCAAGGCCCGGCCCAGCCUGUGCUCGGGGCCCGAGCUGAGCACGUCAGUGCUGCUGGAGCAGAUCCUCCGGCCCUGCAAGUUCCUCACCUACAUCUACGCCUCCGUGAGGACCUUGCUCAUGGAGAACAUCAGCAGCUGGCGCUCCUUUGCCGACGCCCUGGGCUAUGGGAACCUGCCUCUCACCUUUUUCUGCCGGGCGGAGCUGGACAGUGAGCCCGAGCGGGUCGCGUCUGUUCUGGAAAAGCUGAAGGAGGAUUGUAACAACACGGAGAACAAAGACCGGAAGUCCUUCCAGAAGGAGCUCGUGAUGGCCUUACUAAAAAUGGACUGCCAGGGCCUGGUGGUCAGGCUCAUCCAGGACUUUGUGCUCCUGACCACAGCCGUGGAGGUGGCUCAGCGCUGGCGGGAGCUGGCCGAGAAGCUGGCCAAGGUCUCCAAGCAGCAGAUGGACGCAUAUGAAUCUCCCCACCGGGACAGGAAUGGGGUCGUGGACAGUGAGGCCAUGUGGAAACCUGCAUAUGACUUCUUGCUCACAUGGAGCCACCAGAUCGGGGACAGCUACCGAGAUGUCAUCCAGGAGCUACACAUAGGCCUGGAUAAGAUGAAAAACCCCAUCACCAAGCGCUGGAAACACCUCACAGGGACUCUGAUCCUCGUGAACUCCCUGGACAUUCUGAGAGCGGCCGCCUUCAGCCCUGCGGACCACGAUGACUUUGUGAUUUGAAUGGGUUUUCUCCCACCUCCUGCUGCUCUGGGGUGCAAGCCCUCCAUCUGCCUUGGGUGCCCGUGCUGUUACCAUGGAAGCCGAGGAGUGAGGCCACUCAGACAGAUCCGGGGUCCACCAGCUGG